UUUUCUUAUUCUUUUUUCUGGGUCUGAUAAAUAUUACCAUUUCUCUGAAUGGUCAGUUAAUAUUUUUGCUUUUGUGUUUGUGAUUUUUGGAAUGUAAUCGGUAUUGUUUUUUAAUCUGGUACUGGUGAGAUGGGUUUGGAGUUUCGGGUAACAGUGACUUCUUAUCUUUUUUGUUUUAAUUUUUAAUUUUUUUAAUUUUUGGGUCUGCAUGUUUUAAACUACUGAGAUCAACCCAGUUCCUUCCUGAUCUGGGUGUUACUUUCUCUAAUUAGUAUGAUUUUUAUGUUUAUUUUUGGCUGUAAUGCUCUAUCCUUUUUGUUUUUUUUUUGGUAAAAAAAUUGUUCUAAGUACAUAUUUGAUUCUUUUUAACCCACAGUCUCAGAGUAAUAUGCCUGUUUUUGUUUUAUGUACUCCUUCCCCUUAUUCUCGGGGUUGGGAUUUGUACUUAUUCAGUGACAGUUGAAACUGCUAGUAUUUGAUUUUCCUCUUAUUUAUUUUAAAAAGAUAGAUUGUGGGCAUGUUAUUUUCAUAUGCAUUUUUUUUGGGUUCAUCUUCAUCACUGAAGAUCCGCCCCUCUUCUUUAAUCAUUGAUAUUUUAGUUUCUGCAAGAAUUUACCAGUCUGUGUAUAGAUACAGGUAAAAUGUGGUUUUCCUGAUCAGUAAUUUGAAAUUCUUUUUAUUGGUUUUGAAUUUUAAUAGCAUAAUAAGAGAAGUUAUUGUCUGUCUCAUAUCAUGUCAUGUGGGAAAUGCUAGCUAUUAAUUUUUCGAAUAUUUGGUAUAAUAUUUAUGGGAAGAUACACAUCUAUGAUCUACCCGUCAAAUAAUUUGUUGUGUUUUGAUGAUAUUGUGAAAUUCAUAAGAAUGGAGAGAUAAUGAGUUAAACAGUUACAUUAUUAGUUUGGGAAUUGACGUUAGCUUUUCAAACACUUAAUUUAUUGUUGGAGUGCUCGAGAGCAAGCUAAAAACAAGUGAAAAUCUCUUUCUUAUGCAUAUUGAAGAUCAAGAGUGUUCAACAACAUAAUUAAAAGAUCAUUUGGAAGUCAUUGAUUGCACAGAAAAAUGCAGGGCCUGUCUAAGAAAGAUUCUAAUCUCAGCUCUGCCCGUUCAAAGGCCCCACGUGAUGCAGGUUGCCUGUCUUGGUGGACUUCUAAUGGAUCACAAAUUCAAAAUCCAUCUCUAUCGGAAAAGUUAAGCUUGAAGAUGGCAACUCCACACCAACAUUGUCAAAAUUCCAAGCAACUGGGCUUCCUAUUACAAGACCAGGAUUCCUCCUCAACUCAAUCAACUGGUCAAUCUUACCCGGAAGUGGUUAGUGUGGGAGACAGCGGUCAAUAUGGACAAAGCAUGAUGUCAGUGCAAUCAGGGAAUAAUGGAACUAUUGGGAAUCCUGAAUUCAGCCUUAUUAAACCUGCUUUAUCAAUGGGCACUCAGGAUUAUGUUUUGCCUUCUUCACAAGCUGAUCACAGACAACCUUUUGCUCGUUUUCCAAUUUCUUAUCCUGAUCCAUUCUAUGGUGGGUUCCUAUCUGCUUAUGGUUCACAGUCUGUGAUUCAUCAUCCCUCAAUGAUGGGUGUGGCACCUGCUCGAAUACCGCUCCCUCUUGUGGAAGCACAUGAGGGACUCUUGUAUGUCAAUGCAAAACAGUACCAUGCAAUUCUUCGGCGAAGACAAUACCGCGCCAAGCUUGAGGCUCAAAACAAACUCUCAAAGAGUCGAAAGCCUUACCUCCAUGAGUCUCGGCAUCUUCAUGCGUUGAAGAGGGCUAGAGGAUCUGGUGGACGCUUUCUUAACACAAAGAAGCUCCAGGAAUCCAAGCCAGCUGCCAUGACUAAUGGACAAGACAUCUCAGGUGCAGGUCAAGUUCGUUUGACAACGAACAUGUCAGAAUCUGAAGUUCGUCAGCCAGAAAACCGCAAAGAAGGUGCUUCCACCACCUCUUGCUCUGACAUAACGACUGCCUCCUACAGUGACAACAUCUUCAGGCAGCAGGAAUUCAGGUUCUCCGCCUACCCUUCUCGCAUUGGCGGGGAUGUGCAAGGUGGUGGUGGUGGAAAUAUGCCUGGUCAGAAUCAGCGAUAUAUCUCAGUCCACCAGUGAGAGAUGAGGUCAACAGCAAUUGAUCCAGCAGUCCGUGUUUGGUGUUCAACCGAGAAUACCGAUGUUGGUGAAAGAGGGAAGUCAUCCUUGGCUCUGUUAAUUUACUUUCUAGUAUUUGCAUUGCAUAUUGGCUUAGCUCGUCAAUAUACAAUAUAUAGAGGUUCAGUAGGUUCUGUUUUACUCUGCUCUGCAUUUGAUAAAACAAGCGUGAUUUAAGAGGUUAUUAUGAUGAGUGGAUGAGAAGGUCAACAUAAAUUCUCUAUAAUUUGUAAAACCUAGUGUUGCUAUCUAUGUAUGGUUUAUUUAGCUUUUACUUUGGCAAUGGGCUGUUAACUUUGUCUAUGAA